AUGGCCGACUCCCACUACCUCCACCCUUCUUACCACGCGCCCUCGACGCACAGGGGCUAUCCACAGGAUCCCCUCCUCCACGAGCCCCGCUUCGCACAGGGAUCCUCCCUCUCCAUCGAGCGCUACGAUCACGCGUCGUAUUCACAAGGCAGCCUCCCCUCUGUAUCGUAUUGGUCGCCGCAACUCGCAACCCUUCCCACCGCGAGCCAUUAUAAUCCACCCCACAAUCCUUUGCCUCCUCCCCAUCCCAACCCCGCUCUCCCUUCUACAAUGGCCAUCCCGCCCCAACACCACCUCCCACCACCUCCCGCUCCACCCCCACCCCCACCCCCACCCCUGCCUCCUGCCUCGUUCGACGACAAUCCAGGAGAAGGCGAGGCUCAAACGUCCCAGCGCGUUCGACAUAAGCGACACGCUUGCUGGAUGUGUCAUAAGAGCUUCGAUCGCCCAAGCACUUUGAAAAAGCACAUGUUGGUGCACACCGGCGAAAAAGCCUACGCCUGUGAUACUUGUGGGCGGCGAUUCGGCGUCCCCUCCAACCUGAAUCGGCACAUCCGCAGAUGCGUCCUUAGACUCAUCAACGGCGGUCGAGGCCCCGACGCGAAUGCCAACCCCCCGGCAUCCGCAUCCGCGCCGCCAGAUGCUUCCGCGUCCCCGCCAAAUGCCUCCGUCUCCCCUGCUCCGGCGGCUGCAGUCGCGUCCCCUCUCGCGCAGCAACGCGAGUCCCCCUCUUCCCGCACACGCGUGCGCACUUCCACCAUCGAGGCUGCCGGCGGCUCGGUCGGCUCGGUCGGCUCGCCGUCGUCGUCCGGCUCGCCAGGCAGAUCGACCAAGCGCCGCCGCCGCGCGCCCUCGCCCGUCCAAUGGGUCCCACCCAGUCUUAAGCGCUUCAACCUCUCGCCGUACCCUGUCGCGUGCCCCGUCCCGCUCGGACCAGUAUUCCCCUUCCGCGACCAAGACGCGUGGGAAGAGCGUGACUCGUACGAACAGAAUUCUCCAUUGAAUCCCUAUCAUCCGUCGGGCUGGAAGGGGAGGCUACCGGGCCCGGGCUUAUUGGGGAAAGAUGUGAUGAAUACGAGUAUGACGGUGGGAAGGUUGGUGCUCUUCUGA